AUGAGAGGAACCCUGCAAGCCUUGGUGGACCAACUGGUGCCUGAAGCCUGGCAAAGCUUCGUGGGUGUUCAGAACGUGCCGGGCUUGGGGACCAACGUCAAAUGUUGGGGAUGGUUAGACUUCCAAGUUGGCAACUUGCGUCUCUCAUUUCAAGACUAUCGCAUUUGGCUUUACCCGGAGGAAAUCAAGCUUGUGGCCUUUGAACGCUUGAAGCGCCUGAUUUGGGAAGGGCCUGAUCUCUUGGUUAUCCAGCACGAUGGGCCUGACGUGACCCACGGCCAACCACCCUUCGUGUAUCAGCCUUUACUCGCUUCUGCGCUACCGGCAUAUUUCAAGAAGAAGAAGACAAGGAAAAUCAUUUUUGCGCUCCCGAAACUCUCCCCCUUCAUUCUCCCGCUGUGCAACCCUCAAUGCUCUGACCGACAACGGCCGCAGAUCUGGAAUCAAAGCAUUGAAGAGCUCUUGGCGAAGCUUCCACAAGAUUUGAGGAGCUCGGCGAUGGGCCGGGUCCUGGCGGUGGACGAGGCCUUCGUUUGCACGCCGCUCUUUCUGGAUGGCGAGACCGAUAUUGCGCAGCGUCUUGCCUCCAUGCACUGGCACCGCUACGAUCGCAGCGCGGGCCCUGGGCGCAAGGUCUUCGGCGCGGCAGCGGACGCCACGGGGCACUGGUACCUCACCGAGCUAUUGACCAUGGCAGGGCCACGUAGCGCAGGAAGUGUCACAGGUGUCGGGAAUCUGAGCGCCAAAGCUUGCGCCCAGUGCCCACAAAAAAUAUGCUGCCCCUAUCAGCCCGGGCCUGUGAGGCCCGAUCAUUCCCUGUCGGUGGUACAUGACAUGCCCCAGAUAAAGUCUUGGGCCAACUUGACCAUGCAAAGUUGUGGUCAGUUGAUUUAG